AUGGCAGCAGCAACAACAGCAUCAACUAUUGGCAAGCCGGGCUGCCCCAUCGAGUGUGGAGGUGUAGAAAUUCCAUACCCAUUUGGGUUGAAUGAGCACUGCUACCUUGAUGAGAAUUUCAAUAUCACUUGUGACUCUGGAACACCAAAGACAGGUGAUGUCCCUGUAACAAACAUAUCCAUUGAGACUCAUGAGUUGCAUGUCUUGCAUUUUGCAGCCAAUGACUCUUACGAUCCGGGGAGUGAAAGUAUAAGCAACUACUAUACUUCGUUUUGGGCAGCCGCCCAGUACACCAUUUCCAACAGCAAAAAUAAGUUCACUGUUAUUGGCUGUGACAAUUACGGAUACCUCAGUGGGUACCAAAACGGAGAACUGUACAAAAUCGGGUGCUCAUCUCAAUGCCCUAGCCUUAACAAUGUGAUCAAUGGGUCUUGCUCUGGCGUUGGGUGUUGCGAGAUAGGGUUUCCGGAUGGACUCAAAGAUAUUAAUGUGUCUGUAUCUAACUAUAAUAAUUACACCAACAUAUCGGACUUCAAUUCUUGCGGCUAUGCUUUUGUUGUCGAGAAAGACGAGUUCAACUUUUCCUCCAAUUAUCUCAAGGCGGGUCAACCCGACAUAAAGGUUCCAAUGGUGCUUGAUUGGGUAGCUGGAAACGAGACAUGCAAAGAAGCUCAUAAAAAAUCCAAUUUCGCAUGUCAGGACAAAAAUAGUGAAUGCCUCGACGACCUCCAAACCUGGCAGGGAUACCGUUGCAAGUGCAAGCAAGGUUACCAAGGGAGCCCAUAUCUCCAUGGGGGUUGCGAAGACGUUAACGAAUGUAAGGAUUCAAAACUCAAUAAUUGCACGAAAAUGUGUAUCAACAUGGAAGGAAAUUAUACAUGUGGUUGUCCCAAGGGGUACCAUGGAGACGGAAGAGAAGAUGGUGAAGGUUGUGCUGCGGAACCCGCACCACUAGCGAUUAAGAUUCCCAUUGUUAUUGGCUUAAGCUUUGUUGCCAUGCUUGUGGUUGGCUCUUGGCUGUACUUUGUCCACAAGAAAAGAAAACUUAUCAAGCUUAAAGAAAGCUUCUUUCGACAGAAUGGGGGUUUGAUUUUACAACAGCAGCUGAGCAAACAACAAGGAUCUAGGGAAACAGCCAAAAUAUUUACCGUAGAAGAAUUGAAGAAGGCUACAAAUAACUAUGAAGAAAAUAGGAUCAUUGGCCAAGGAGGUUUUGGUACAGUCUACAAAGGAUUUUUACCUGAUAAAAGAAUUGUUGCCAUCAAGAAGUCCAAGACAGUUGAUCAAAACCAGAUUGACCAAUUUGUUAACGAGGUUGUUCUGCUCUCACAAAUUAACCAUAAGAAUGUUGUCAAACUAUUGGGCUGUUGUUUAGAGACACAAGUUCCUUUGCUAGUCUAUGAAUUUGUCCCAAAUGGUACGCUCUUCAAGUAUAUACAUAGUGAAAGCAAGGCAUCCACCAUACGAUGGGAAACCCGUCUAAGAAUAGCUACAGAAACAGCCGAUGCACUAUCGUAUCUACACUCUGUAGUUUCGACGCCUAUAAUCCAUAGAGAUGUCAAGUCCUCAAACAUAUUGCUUGAUGAUGAUUUCACUGCAAAAGUCUCUGACUUUGGAACUUCAAGAUUGGUCCCCCGAGAUCAAAAGGAAUUGGCUACUGUAGUGCAAGGAACUCUUGGAUACUUGGAUCCUGAAUACUUACAGACGAACCAAUUGACGGAAAAAAGUGAUGUCUAUAGCUUUGGAGUGGUCCUCGUGGAGCUACUAACAGGAGAAGAUGUACUUUCAUUCAAUUGGUCUGAAAAUGAAAAAAGUCUAGCUAUAUAUUUUCUUUCUUCCUUAAAAGAAGAUCGAUUGUUUGAAGUUCUUGAGAAUCAUAUAGUUGAAGGAGGACAUGAGGAGCAAAUAAAGGAAGUUGUUGAACUUGCAAAGAGGUGCUUAAGAGUGAAGGGGGAUGAGAGGCCUACUAUGAAGGAAGUGGCAAUGGAAUUAGAAGGAAUAAGAAAGACGGAGACACAUUCGCGGGUUAGUGUUCAAUCAAAUCUAGAAGAGGCGGAACACUUGCUUGGCGAGACAUCUCUCACUUUCAAAUACGGUGGAAGUAAUAGCAGAACCGCUACAUAUGACAGUGUGAAUGACCAUGUCACAUUAGCCUUGGGGGAUGGCAGAUGA